UUUCGAUUGCUCUUGCCUGAAUUAAAGUAGAAGUGUGAAGGAAAAGUUGUGGGGGUGAAAUACAGAGAUAGAACGAUGACUACCUCUCACUCUUUAGCAGGUGGUCCUCUUCUCCAAGUUAGUUGAGCUUGCCCUUUCUAUUGUCGAAUCCGGAUUCCAGGGAUGUCCUUCAAUCCCAUUUUCAGUGCACUUCUCCUGAACAUGGAAGGUGGUUUCUUCAAUCCUAUUGAUCCACAGAACUGAUUGGCCAGCUCAACAAGCGUCGCCUUGUCCUUCCCGAUUUCCCUGAUUGAGUUGCAGUAAGAGGUGGCAAUUAGAUUGGAUCGAUGGAUUGGUGGAUUGAAUUAGUGUAUUCAUGAAUCGAGUGGAUUAGAAUUGAUCCUGGACUUCGAAGUCCAUCAUUUAAGAUAAAACUAGUCCUCUUAUUUCAUUUCGCUUCUCAUACCAAUGAGGGCAAUAAGGAUAAAUUUCACUUCCUACAUACAAAUAUAAUUAACCAAUUCCAUCAUGAAAUCUAUGAAACAAACAAUGGUACUUUUCAAGUCCAUAAUGAACACAAAACCAUCAUAUAUCCAUUGUUUUACAAAACCCAAGUUUUACCAAAACCAUCAUUUUUCAAAUCCGCGAAGCAAACGAUCUGUAAAUGAAUUGGAUUAGUUGGAUAUUUUAGUGGAUGAAUUGGAUUGGAUUGAAAAUUGCCACCUCUAGUUGUAGUAUCUCAGCCAAGCAUAAUAUGUUGCCUAGGGCUGGCUAUUUGGUCCCGAACUGUUUGGUUUUACCCAAAACCGGACCGUAUAACCCGGACCGGGACCGGACUGGGACCGGAUAGCAAACAAUGCAAUAUCAUAUUCGGGCUUAGAUUUGAGGUAAAAAACCGGAUAAAGACCGGAUAAGAGACCCCCAACACCUAAAAUCAAGAUAAAAUUGGGACCGGACCGGGUCAAGACCGGACCGGAUCAAGACCGGACUGUAUCCAAUCCAAUCUUUAGUCCUUAUAUUCCCGAAAACACCGGACUGAGACCGAAUCAAUUUAGUCCAAUUUAACCAGACCGGACCGUGUAGCCACCCUAAUGUUGCCUAUGUUAUGCUAUUAUCAACCUUUGUGAUAGACUUCUCCAUCUGCACCCCCAAACACCAAACCCCUAAUUUAGUACUACUUAAUGCAUCACUCGUUGAGAAACUCAUAUAUAUUUUAGGGUAAGAAACUGGACCUUAAGUUCAACUUGUGAUUCUAUGUCAGGCGAAGGGAAUUUCUCAAGAGGCAAUGUAAGAAACGUAAUAUUAGGGUUAGUAGGGAUUAUGCGUGUUAGGAUUUUGGGUGUCUCUUAAAUAUGUACUUUGAAUUUUCAUUCAGAAAUAAGAAGAAUAUUAGUAAAAUUAUCACCAUCAUAGUCUCUCUUUUCUCUCUCUCCCUAAGGGUUCAGACAUUUUUUCCUAUUCUACCCAAUUUUGUUUUCCAAUCCCUAAUCCUCAAUUCUCUAUCUCUAAAUCCCUAAUUCUUUCUCUCAAUCCCUAAAUCUCUUUUCAUCUAUCCGGUUACGUGAAUCAUAAGGAACCCUAACAAACGUGUUUCUUACAGUGGUAUCAGAGCUCCGGUUGCUAAUAUGAGUUCAUCACAACUCUCAAUCGGGACGAGAUCUACAACAUGAAAGCCUGUUGCGAGCAAGUAAGAAAAGCCAUGGAUAAACUUGUGGAUGGCUUCGAGAAAAGGACAAAGAUGUGGCAGUUGUUCUUCUCAAUGGAGGCUGAUAUUGGGAAAUUGUUAGCUAUGCUUGCAAUGUUCGACCCAGAUGAAGAGGGACUUGCAAAAGAGGCGACGAGUGACCUACUACCGCUGGAGAUCUCGACCGCUGCUCCGACCGCACCAAGUGUGCCGCUUCCACCAACCCAAGCCGCUUCUUCUAUAGAUGAACAAGAAGCCCCUUGUGUGGUCGUGGCCAUCGCGACAGUUUCGUCGCCAACCACCGCUGAAGGCUCAACAAAAAUUCCAGCAAUUGAGAAUUUUGUGACCACCAGUAGCAAGAAAGGAGAUCUGGCUGCUGACGCUAGCCUCACAUUGGCACUACCAAUCAUCAAAGUGCUAAAAUUAGCUCCACCGCCACUGUCGGAGAACCCACUUCCAAGGAACUUGAGGGGUGGAAGUUCAGGAAGAAGGAGUCGGACAAGGAACUUGGAAGGGAAGAGCGAAUUAAAGGAGCACCCUCAUCUCAUCGGUCGGGAUCCAGAGAACCGGGUUGUCGAAAAGAUGAUUGACACUUGUAGAGGUACACCUCAAGGCCGACCUACAAAGUGAGGCAAGGACUGCGCCGUGCCGCUAAUAUGACUCGCCGGUCAGGCUACUAGCGUGGGUGCCGCAAUGAAGAGUGGUGAUGGAAUUGACCGUAGAGGAAGCAAGGACGAAGACAAGGUCGAGAGAGGGAUCGGUUUUCCCUCGCCUGGUGCAUGAUUUGCCGAUAGAAGAAGCAACAUAGAAGACACCGUAAAAGGAUCAAACGAAGGAGGCCGGCGAAGUCUCCUUUGAGUCAUGCAAGGAUUCGCCAAAGAGGAGAAUCUUGGUGAUCCCGGGUUUGCGACAAAGACGAGGGAAUUGAGUUGAUCUUUCUGUCACCGAAUUGGGUGUCCUUUAUUAGAAAAAGAAGCGAAGGACAAAUUGUCGCCGAAGGAUGAGAAAGAGAAGGAUUUGUCGACGUACAGGUGACCGUGUUGGUUUGCCGGCCUUGGAGUCCGAGGAGAAGGAGUUGCCGACGAGGGAGGAGAUGAAGAGGGUGAGCCAGAGCCAACGAGGGAGGAGUCUUUCCCAUCGCCAAGCGUGCGGGUUGACAGGGGGGUGAGCCGCCAGAGCUGGCUCCUCGUGGCUGGGUGCGUGGCUCAUCGUCAAAGAAGAAGGCAAUGACGGAGCUUCCGACAUUUGAGAAGAAGAUGAGAGGAGGCGGCAUAGUCAUUCUUCCCCUCGCAAGACCUAGGUUGGCCUCUUCAAUCCGGGCCACAUAGUAGCAAAUGAACUCCUCCCUGUUGGGCCGGGUCACUCGGGCCGCUAGUCUUAGCGGGGCAACUCUCUGCCGAAGAAUAUUGGAGUCGAUUUAGGCCAGGCUGACCAGCAGAUCGGACCACCGACUGAACGGAGGAUCGGGCUGAAAAUAGACCAUCUGGGCGGGUCGAAAUUAGGAGAGGAGUUGGCCGAGUUGCAACAUGGUCACAUGCCAAAAAUCAGCAAGAUCAGCCGAUGUCUUGGGCAAGGUGGGUCGACCAGAAGCUAGAGUCUGGGUCGAUGAGUGGAAGGAACCAGACUCUAAUACUAGUGUAUGGGCCAAAUUUUGAGGAAAUUGAGCCACAGGUAAGAAUCGAGGCCAACAUGGGCUGUCUUUUACUAUAAAUAUGUACUUUGCGUUUUCAUUCAUGAAUCAAUAAGAAUAUUAGUAAAAUUAUCUCAUCCUAGUCUAUCUUUUCUCUCUCAAAUCUCGGCUAUCUCUCUCCCUAAGGGCUUUGGCCAUUUUUCCCUAUUAAGCCCAACUCUGUUCUUCAAUCCCUAAUCCCCAAUUCUCUAUCUCUAAAUCCCUAAUUUUUUCUCUUAAUCCUUAAAUCUCUUUCCAUCUAUCCUAUUACAUGAAUCGUAAGGAACCCUAAUAAACGUGUUUUUAUAGGCAUUUCCUUCAAUUCAUCCAGGAAAUAUUAUUCCCAUGGAGUCAACAACAAGACUCAUUGCCCAUCUUUCCCUUCCCUCCCGGUUCUUCCAAGAUGAUGUAUGUCCUAUUCUCGCUCACAAGGGAUGCCCACCCGGUUUAUAUUGAGAAUUUAUGCAAUGAAAUCAAGAGUUAUGGGCAAAGUACAAAGUCUAUAGGAGAUUCUCUUAUGGGGAGACUUAUAAAUACCUAAAUGACCAAACUGACAUCAGGAUAGUUCAUUCCUCGAGCUAAAACAUAAGAUGUAACGAGAAUCAACCUAUUUGAUUCUUUGAAUUCGUCAGAGACGCGAGUAUGAUAUAGUUGAGGCUUUCUCGAGUGCAUCUCUCUCACAUUCAUUUUCAUCUACCGAAUAACUUGAUACAUCAGGGAUGUUACCAUCCCAGUUGUAUAGAAGAUAAUGACCUACCACGAAAGAAAGAGAUAAAAUUUCUAUCGGGAAGGAAGAGAUAACAAUAUAGUGACAACAAAAACAAACGAGGUACUGAAACCAAUGAUAAAACCCAUUUUUUGCUUUUUCAGUUUCAUCUACUCAAUCACUUAUUACGUUUCAUUUCCUACAAAACACCCGACCUUUCUCCUUCCCUCUGCUCUCCUGAAACCGACCAUAAAUUCCCUACGACACGAAGGCGACAAGGGAUCCCACAAAACAGACGAUGGCGGGAGGGCGAGGAGUAGAAGUUGUCGAUGACUGUAGCGCAAGGGAAAAAAAUUCGUUUACGACCGGGGGAAGAAGGAAAAAUACGAAUAUAGUAUCAGGAGGAUAAGGAAGAAGACGAGGCCGCUAGUGCAAGAAAGAAGCUGAAGAAGGCGACGAGAAGGAAGUUGUGGAAGUAGGCGGACCACAAUCUCUUCGUUGAUUUAUGUAUUAGAAGUUAUGGUAUCAUGGAUUUGAAUCUGGGGGUCUGUGUUUUGUUUGUUUAUUUGAUAAAUUAGGGUUUCAUGGAUUCGAAUACGGGGUUUCUGGGUUUUGUUUGUUGGAUUGCUAGAUUAGGGGUUCAUGGAUUCGAAUCUAGGUGUUUUGGGUUUUGUUUGUUGGAUUGCUAGAUUAGGGUUCAUGGAUUCAAAUAUGGGGGUUCUGGGUUUUGUUUGUCGGAUUGAUAGAUUAGGUUUCUUGGAUUUGAAUAUGGGGGUUCUGGGUUUUGUUUGUUGGAUUGCUAGUUUAUUGUUAUGUAAUGCUAGUUGGUGACAUCGAAGAUACCUUUUCAUCGAUUUGGAAUGCAAUUGCAUUAAAAGUGGAUAUUAGUUCGUGCCAUCUUUAUAGAUUAUUCUUUUAUAAAGCUGGAUAUUGUUUAGCGCCAUUCGAAUACAUCUUUUUUAAAUGUGGAGAUUAGUUCUCCAAUGAGUGGUUGAAUACUAGUUCUGUAUUAUAUUAAUUCUAGUUGGUUUGAUUGACUGAAUACUAGAUCUGUGAUGUAUAGAUUCCCUUAUUUGUUGUUAGGAUAUUAGUUCGUUAAAUGUAGAAUACCUGUUCAGCACAUGUUGGAUACCAUUUAGCUAAUUUCGGAUACAAUUUGGUUGAAUGAUGAUACUAGUUGGUUAAAUUGGUUGAAUAAUAGUUCUAUGAUGUCACGAUUUCAGUUCUCUAAUUGUAGAUACUAUUCUGUGUAGUUUGCAUAUUAGUCUGGACUGUGUACAUGCCUAAAUGUAUCUUACUCAUGUUUUUCAAGGAUUUUGCACGAUGGUAAGAAGUAAAAUGUGUUCGAAAAGAACUCGUUCAGGAUAAGGCUCAUCCCAGAUGCAUCAUAAAGAACCACAUGUUGAACAAGAAGAUGUAUAAGAAGAUAACCAAGGAGCAGAUGAUGAGACAGACUUGGAUGUGGCAUGUGUGUGAAAAGAGCUCGUUCAGGAGAAGGCUAUUCCCAGAUUGAUGAAAGAGACAACAAAACGGUGUUGACCAUCGAAGCUAAGGAUGUGGAAUGUGUAUACAUGCUUCCUAUUCGUGGGGAUGAGAUUGUAUUUGAUAGGUGUGAGGAGAAGAUGCGCAAGAGUUUCGUAAAGGAAGUCGACAUGAAGGGUAACCAGAACUGCAAUGUCGAUCUAAAGGAUCUGACUGAGACAGACUUUCCUAUUCAAGAUAUACCACCUAUUGCGAUGGCCGUGAAGCAGUUAUUGUUGCUAGCUACUGGUUUGUUGCUCGUUGUAGGGUGGACUAUGUCGAGUUCCUGUCUGGGCGGGUGGAGGACAUUGGGGGGUAUAAUUGGAGUGAUCAUGUUAUCCGUGAGCUGAAGGUGGAGUUGGCUACUUGUAAUAGAAAAGAACCUGCUACUAGGGCUAAGAGAGUGAAGAACUUGUGGCUUCUUCGGGAUGUCCACUUCUUGAUGGUAAAUUUAUGAGCUAUAUGUAUUGUUUUGUUCUAGUUUUUUAUAUACUGACUUAACAUUUGUAAAUUUACUAUUUUUUUUGUAGUUCCAUUUGAUAGACUUUCUUAGACUAUGAGGUUUGCUCACCAAAACCACCCCGAGCUGUAGCUACUGGUGGAAUAAAGGGUGGAUAACGCCUGUGAAGUUGUCCCUAAGGUUGACGAGAAAGAUAUGACCUGGUUGUCGUGUUUUUUAGUAGGAAAGAAGUCAGAUCCCUCUCCUCAAAACAAGACCCAAAUCUAGUUGAGGGUUCGGGGGAACCAAGGAAAAUCAACUCAACUCCCCCUACAGCUCUUAUUGAGUUGCCCAUGACAGAAUGGUGGGAGAACGAGGAUUUGAUCAACCUUGACAUAAACCAGGUAUGUAAAUGUUGUCUUUACUACUUAAGAUUGUGUGUUGGUAGAUAUGGUUGCAUAUAGUGAACCAAAUGUUUUACAUCAUAUGUGUAGCUUAAUGCAUUGAAGUCAAUGACUAAGAGCAUGAUCCUUAAGUGGGUGGCUCGGAGCCCAAAGGUCCAAAAGAUUGUCGAGAUUUUGGGCCAACAAGACAACAUUUGAACUUUUCCUCUUAUUAUUUUUAAGUGGUUGUACUUUUUUUGUUUUGAGUGUUAUAAUUGCCAUGUUGAAAUGACUUUGUAUACGAGUUGUAUCGAGGUUUGACACUAGUUCUCCUUUUUUGAAAAUGACUUUUUUAUUAUGGAUUUCACUUGUUUAUUGUGAAAUAUUAUUUGGUUUCAUGCUAGAUAUUGUUUAGCAGACAAUGAAUACUAGUUGGUUUAAUGAAAGAUAUCAGUUCGUGGUUGUGGAAUACUAGUUUAUUUCAUGAUGGAUAUCAGCUAGAAAACUUUGCAUACUAGUUUAUUUUACAAUGGAUAUAAGUUAAUAAACCUUGAAUUCUAGA